AUGUGUGUAGGGAAAUGCUCUCGAUAUGUUGGUCUGUCUCUUGUUAUCUUGUCUUUACUGGCUAUUGCUUUUAAUCUGUUCCUGAUCUUCCCUAACUUUGAUGGCUCCUACCUGAAAAACAAAAAGAUCAGCAGUGAUGCUACAAGACUCGCAGGAAUUUGGGCUGGGGGAUUAAUGGUUUUGGUGCCAGGGAUACAAACCACAUUGGUUGGGUUUAAAGUAAGAGGCUUGACCAGCUACUGUACCUGUUGUGAUAUGCUGCUUUCCUUUGUUUUUUCCUGUGUGGCCUUCAUGGGAGCUUCUUCUUGUCUCUACAUAUCGAAUGAAGGACUAAAAAAUGGCCCCUACUGUUUAAUUAAGGAGAGUACAAAUAAGCCAAAAGAAUGGGCUUAUGCUUUUCCAAGCAAUGAGCAGUUUCGUGACAGUUUCGAGAGCAGUGAUGUCUCAGUGCUUGGCAUUCUCGUAUGGAGCGACAUCUGCACUGAGCCCCCAAUGAUUAUUCCUUGGACUUCCAGCUUCUUCAUCUUGCUCUUCCUGGUCAGCCUUUUGCAGGUCCUCCUAAGCUUCUUCCAGAUCAUUAAUUCAUUUAUUGGACUAUUUGGUGGGAGCUGUGAUGUCAACAAGUGCUCUGCAGAUGAUGGUCCAGAUGACAAGAGAAAAGCUCCUGAGACUAAAGAAGAGGCAGAUUCACUACCAGUAUAGGAAAGGAUUCUGUAAGGGUGAAGAUACUGAAUGAAAUCUGUUCAUAUGGGGAAAUCAGACCGUUUUCAUAUAGACAUGCAAAAAUAACAACUGAUAAGGACUCCUUAGCACUUUCUUCACCAGAUGGGGGCCC